AUGACGGCGACGCUGUCGGACCUCACGCUCGAUGAAAACGACUACGUGGAGCUCCUGCGCAAGCUGAUGACGGUGUCGGAACACGUUCAGAAUGCGCCGGGAUUAGGGCUCGUGCCGCAAGAAAACCUCGUGUCGGACUUUGUGCUGGCAGAGCUGAAGCCGUUUGUGGGCGCAGAGCUCACCGUCGAUCGACUCGAGUUUGUCGCAGGACGGGGCAAUGUCCUUCUUCAGUACGCGCCGCCGUCGUCGCGUGCGACGGACAAGACACUGGCGCUCGUGGGGGCGCACAUGGACGUUGUGCCGGCCAAUCCGGAAGGCUGGGAGCGAGAUCCCUUCACGCUUACUGUUGAAGGCGACAAGCUCUAUGGACGCGGCACGACGGACUGUCUCGGGCACGUGGCGCUAUUGACAUUGCUGUUCCGUGAACUCGCGAGGCACAAAGUGCCGACAAAGACACAGAUAGUGUGCGUCCUUAUUGCGUCCGAGGAGAAUGGCGAGAUCGAAGGCGUGGGGGUCGAGGCGUUGAUGGAAACUGGCAAAAUUGACUUUAUCAAGAAAGGACCAGUGUUCUGGGUCGACUGCUCCGACAGCCAGCCGUGUAUUGGCACAGCAGGGGCUAUCACUUGGACACUAAAGGCCACAGGCAAGCUGUUUCACAGCGGUCUGCCGAAUUUGGGCAUCAAUGGCCUGGAACUGGCAAUGGACGCAAUCACAAAGAUUCAGGAGUACUUUUACAAGGAGUUUGGACCAGUGGAGAAGGAAGCAGAGUACAACUACUCGUGCCCGUCGACCAUGAAGCCUACGCGCAUCGAAUCAUCGAUCAACGGACUCAACCAAAUUCCACCAUGGACCAAGGUUGCUGGUGACGUGCGCCUGUCUCCGUUUUACGACAUGAAAGAGAUGGUCACCAAGAUGACAUCGUUUGUUGAUCAUCUUAACGCUAACAUUGCGUCGCUAGAAGGCAACCGCGGUCCAGUGUCCAAGUACACGCUUCCGACUGAAGGCAUGGCUGGCAAGCUAGAACUUGUGUUUGACAAGAGCUAUUACGAAGGCAUCGCGUGCUCGUUGGACUCGAUUGGAUACAAGGCCCUCCAUUCUGCGAUCGGCGACGUUCUUGGAGAAGUGGUGCCGUUUUCCAUCAGCGGAAGUCUGCCUCUGGUUCGCGACAUGCAACGUGGUGGCUUUGACUUGACGCUCGUGGGAUUUGGCAAGAGCUCAGUGUAUCACGGCGACAACGAGUACUGUCUGCUGAGCGACAUGAAAAACGCAAUGAAGAUCCUUGCGCGCACGAUCGCGAACGUCGAUGCUGCUCAAGAGUGA